AUGCAACUCGGUAAUACGUGGUGUUGGUUUAUGGUACUCGCCAUAUGCUCAGCGGAGAAAUGGCGCUUCCCGGAGACUGAGUCCAUCCGCAUCGACAGCAAAGUUCGGUUCACACAGAGCGACCAACCGUCCAGCGAUAGCCAGAAUUCAGUUUCCACAAGAGACCGAAUAAACGUACAGUUGGAUGAAAUUCCGGUCCGAGAGCCGUCGGAAGCCGACGGCUUCUACAAUCAGCCGUCAAGUCCCCGACGCUACCCUUCAAGAGUUGAAGUAAACAGUGGGAGCCGCCUUGAUUUACAACGUCGUAAUUACAAUCAGCGCGAUCGAGACCGACAACGAAAUCCCAUGUACGAGUCUGACGGCACUCUGGACUCGCUGCAAGUCUGCAAGUGCAGUCCGACACCGAGCUGCGGUCAACGCUCCGACUCCUCGAGAGUGUGCGGCGCCAACAUGUACCUGUGCUGCUACAGUGAACACAAACAGCGGCCCUCAGAAUAUUUCAACGAACUAGUGGACGAACGGCCAAUGUUGCUGCCUGGCCAGUUCCUCAGCGCUGGGCCGUUCCCCCCGCCUCCCGACACCCUGCUGACUGGUCACUACGAGCCGGGGCACGCACAUGAAGCCGCUUUGCUAUCUGCAAUGGGAUCACGACCCGGUAUCCUCGUUGGACCACAAGGACCUAAGGAAAUCUUCAACCCCGCCCAAAGACCCACAAAUGUUAACUCCAGGCCUUCUGUACUAGUCGGCCCUGAUGGUUUGACAGGUAUUUUUGGACCAAAUAAUAAGCAGAUCCUUGUUGGCCCUGACGGUCCUACUGGAAUUAUAGGUCCGACUGAUAGCUCUACCGGAAACUACGAGCCCACUAGGAGGCCUUUUAAUAAUAACGUUAAUAUUAUCAACUCGAGUAAGAGGCCGGUCCUUGUUGGACCUAAUGGCCCUACUGGAAUUGUAGGUCCGACUGGUAGCCCUACCGGAAUCUACGGCGACACUAGAAGGCCUUUCAAUAAUGAAGGGAAUACAAUCAACUCGAGUAACAGGCCAGUGCUUGUUGGUCCUGAGGGCCCUACUGGAGUUAUAGGACCUAGUGAUAAUCCAUCCAUUUUAGUUGGACCCAACGGCCCGACCGGAACCAUUGGACCUAGCCAAAAACCUGUCCUUGUCGGUCCUGAAGGACCCACAGGUAUAAUCGGGCCAAACGAAGGAACUCGCCUGGGGGGAUACAGGGAUCCUCAAGAUGUGCGACCGAGUGAGACUGCUCAAAGGCCCGUAUUAGUCGGUCCCGGUGGUCCAACUGGUAUCAUUGGACCGGGAUAUAAUCCACGUGGCGUUCUCGUCGGUCCCGGGGGACCUACAGGAGUAAUUGGACCAGGUAGACCUGUUCUGAUCGGCCCUGGAGGACCAACAGGUGUAAUUGGACCCAACUAUGGUCGACAAUAUCCGGGUGGACGACGACCGAUUUUAGUCGGACCCGGAGGACCAACCGGUAGGAUAGGCCCUUAUGGAAACUAUGGAAAAUGA